AUGAAGUUCGCACUCCUUUUCGUUUUCACCGCGGCCGUCGCUGCCUUGGCUCAAGACCAAGUUGUCCCAGCCAAAGUCGCUUGGGGCGAUGAGGUCCCUGACGACGGUUUCGAAAUCCUCGGGGGGCAGGAAGCCCAAUUCGGCCAUCACCGUUAUGUGGCUGGGCUCAAGAGAUGGCCCAGUAGUAACACCGAGUGCGGCGGCAGUCUGAUCGCCCCCAAUGUCAUUUUGACAGCGGCGCCAUUGUUUGAAUGCGGUUUUGGCGCCGGGGAAUAUGCCGCUAUCAUCAAGGAAAUCAAAGAACCCAGUGGCACCGACGUGGGUAUCGCAAUAUUGGACCACAACAUCACGAGCAUCCAACCUGUGGCGGUGUCGUUUGAAUUCGUUCCGGCGAACGUGCUCACUUGGGUACGCGGCUGGGGAAACGUCAACCCUGAUGGCCCCCAAUCGCAAGUGCUCAAGGAGCUCAGCCUCACGACCUGGAGCAACACCAGGGCCUCUGCUGUGUUGUUCCCCUAUCGAGUGUCCGAUACGAUCUUGACUGCUGGAGGGGUGGAAGGGGAAGACUCGUGUACCGGCGACUCAGGGGGACCGUUGACGAUCGAAAAAAACGGUACCGUGCACUUGGUGGGGGUGGUAAGCUCGGGAUUUGAGUGUGGUGAGCUCGGCAUUCCAGGUCUCUAUGAACGCGCCAGCGCUGCUCGUACCUUCAUUGAACCGUACUUGCCGAAGUAA